GUUCUUUCUCUCUCGGACUAAUGAAUGCUCAAUUUCUCCUUCUCCGCUCUUCAUCUUUCCUCACACGAAGAAAGAUGGACGUUUUCCUGAGCUAACCGGUCAAAUAUUGAAUAGCAUUUUAUUUUAACAAGUCUACUAGCUUAUAUUUUGACUGCAGGCCAUGUUGUGGGUUUGAAUGUUCAUUAUAAUUUACAUUUUCAGAAUUUUGGAUCCUAAUAUGGAGUGAUAUUACAGAUUGGCAGUCUUAGCAACAUGUAUCUUUACAAUCUGACCCUGCAAAGGGCAACUGGCAUAACACAUGCCAUUCAUGGUAACUUCAGUGGUGACAAAACCCAAGAGAUUCUUGUUUCUCGUGGAAAAUGUUUGGAAAUGCUUCGGCCAGAUCCAACCACUGGAAAAGUACAUACUCUGUUGACUGUGGAAAUAUUUGGAAUAGUGAGAUCGUUAAUGGCAUUUAGGUUAACUGGAGGAACUCAAGAUUACAUAAUAGUCGGCUCAGACUCGGGCCGCAUAGUGAUACUGAAGUAUGACGGCGCGAAGAACGUUCUGGAGAAGGUGCACCAGGAGACUUUCGGCAAGAGCGGUUGCCGUCGCAUCGUGCCCGGUCAGUACCUGGCCAUCGACCCCAAGGGCCGUGCCGUCAUGAUUGGUGCCAUUGAGAAGCAGAAACUGGUUUACGUGCUUAACAGAGAUGCUGAGGCGCGACUCACCAUCUCGUCACCGCUCGAAGCGCACAAGAGCAACACCCUGGUCUAUCAUAUGGUCGGCGUUGAUGUGUCCUUUGGUAACCCGCUGUUCGCCUGUUUGGAGAUUGAUUACGAGGAAGCCGACACAGACACAACUGGUGAAGCCGUCCACAAAACCCAGCAGACCCUCACCUUCUACGAGCUGGAUCUGGGAGCCAACAACGUGGUUCGCAAGUACUCUGAACCGUUGGAGGAGCACGCCAACUUUCUGAUAUCGGUGCCGGGAAGCGGCAAUGACAGCUCCAGUGGUGUCCUCAUCUGCUCCGAGAACUAUCUCACCUACAAGAAUCUCGGAGACCAGCAUGACGUCAGGUGUCCCAUUCCUAGGAGAAGGAACGACCUUGACGAUCCAGAGCGCGGUAUGAUUUUCGUGUGUUCGGCCACUCACAAGACACGAUCGAUGUUCUUCUUCCUGGUGCAAACCGAGCAGGGGGACAUCUUCAAAGUGACACUGGAAAUCGAUCCGGAGAUUGGCAUGGUGUCCGAAAUCAAGUUGAAAUACUUCGAUACGGUUCCUGUGGCUGCAGCCAUGUGUGUCUUGAAGACUGGAUUCCUUUUUGUUGCUUCUGAAGCUGGAAAUCACUACUUGUAUCAGAUAGCUCAUCUUGGAGACGACGAUGAUGAGUUGGAAUUCAGCUCGGCUAUGCCUCUUGAAGAGGGUGACACCUUCUUCUUCGCACCUCGUGCUCUCAGAAACCUUGUUCCGGUCGAUGAGCUGGAUUCGCUGUCACCCAUACUUGAUUGCCAUGUGGCUAACCUCACAAAAGACGACAGAGACGACAGUCCCCAGCUGUACAUGGCGUGCGGAAGGGGUCCUAGAUCCUCGCUCAGGGUCCUCAGGCACGGAUUGGAGGUGACCGAAAUGGCCGUCUCGGAACUUCCCGGUAAUCCGAACGCUGUCUGGACUGUCAAACGAAGAGCUGAUGAGAAGUUCGAUGCGUACAUUAUAGUGUCGUUCGUGAAUGCCACCCUGGUGUUGUCGAUUGGAGAGACGGUCGAGGAAGUGGCAGACUCUGGGUUCCUCGGGAUCACGCCGACCCUGUCGUGUUCCGCUCUGGGCACCGAUGCUGCCGUUCAGGUGUACCCAGACGGAGUGAGACACAUCCGGUCUGACAAGGACAAGCGACUGCAGGACUGGAAGGUACCCAGCAAGAAGCAGAUUGUCAAGUGUGCGGUUAACCAGCGACAAGUGGUCAUUGCUUUAACCGGAGGAGAACUGGUCUACUUCGAAAUGGAUCCUUCUGGAUUACUGAAAGAAUACGACAAGCAUAAGGAAAUGGAGAGUGAUGUUCUUUGUAUGGCGUUGGGUAAUGCUCCCUCGGGAGAGCAGAUGUCCCGAUUUCUGGCCGUUGGAUUGGCUGAUGAAACUGUGCGAAUCAUAUCUCUCGAUCCCGCCACGUGCCUCCAGCCGCUGAGCAUGCUGGGCCUGCCGUCGGCGGCCGAGUCGCUGUGUAUCGUGGAGAUGGGCGGCGGGGGCACGGCCGAGCCAGGGGGCGUGGCCAAGGAAGGUGGCGGGGCGCAGGGUGGGCGUGGCACUCUCUACCUGAACAUUGGCCUGCAAAAUGGCGGUCUGCUGCGCACUGUGCUCGAUCCGGUCACCGGUGAUCUGGCCGACACGCGCACGCGAUAUCUCGGCUCACGACCGGUCAAGCUGUUUCGUAUCAAGAUGCAGGGUGGCGAGGCUGUGCUUGCAAUGUCAAGUAGAUCGUGGUUGAGCUACAGCUAUCAGAAUCGCUUUCAUUUGACGCCGCUGUCCUACGAAUCGCUGGAGUAUGCGUCAGGCUUCUCGUCCGAACAGUGUCCAGAAGGAGUGGUCGCUAUAUCCACAAACACCUUGAGAAUUCUUGCACUUGAAAAAUUGGGCGCUGUUUUUAAUCAGAUUGCAUUUCCUUUGGAGUACACGCCUCGUAAAUUCGUUGUGCAUGAUGACUCUUCCCAUCUGUUGCUCAUUGAAACUGAGCAUAAUGCCUACACCGAAGAAACCAAAAAAGGAAGGCGAAUCCAAAUGGCAGAGGAAAUGCGUGAAGCGGCGGGUGAGGAAGAACAAGAGUUGGCGCAAGAAAUGGCGGAAGCGUUCCUGACGGAAGACCUGCCGGAGGCGACGUUCUCGGCACCCAAGGCGGGAGCCGGUAUGUGGGCGUCGCUCAUCCGCAUCAUGAAUCCGUUGGAUGGAAAGUCGCAUCAAAUCAUCCGGCUGCUUCAGAAUGAGGCUGCUGUCAGUAUCUGCUUGGUGAAAUUCUCUAAUCAAGGAGAUCAACAAUUUGUGGUGGUUGGUGUGGGCAAAGAUCUCCAGCUUUCUCCCAGACAUGUGACCGGUGGAUAUCUCCUCACAUACAAAAUGAACAGCACUUGUACGAACUUGGAGCUGUUGCACAAGACUCCUGUGGACGACGUGCCGAACGCCCUGUGUGGUUUCCAGGGUCGCCUGCUGGUUGGCGUCGGAAAGAUGCUGCGUCUCUACGACUGUGGCAAGAAGAAACUGCUCAGGAAGUGCGAGAACAAACACAUUCCGAACCUGAUAGUGAAGAUCAUGUCGAUGGGCCAGCGCGUGUUUGUAGCCGACGUGCAGGAGAGCAUCUACUUUGUGCGUUACAAGCGAAGCGUCAAUCAGCUGAUUAUCUACGCAGACGACACGCAGCCGCGCUGGAUAACCGCGGCAACAGUGCUCGACUACAACACGGUCGCCACGGCCGACAAGUUUGGCAACAUCGCAGUGAUCCGGCUGCCGCAGAGUGUGAGCGAUGAGGUCGACGAAGACCCAACCGGCAACAAGGCCUUGUGGGAUCGAGGUCUAUUAAACGGCGCCUCCCAAAAAGCCGACUGCAUCGCUAAUUUCCACGUCGGCGAGAUCUGUAUGUCCCUCCAGAAAGCCACACUGAUCCCCGGUAGUUCUGAGUCCCUCGUGUAUACCACUUUAUCGGGUAGUGUGGGAGUGUUAGUGCCGUUCUCCUCCCAUGAAGACCAAGACUUUUUCCAGCAUCUGGAGAUGCACAUGCGCAGUGAAAAUCCUCCCCUGUGCGGUCGUGAUCAUCUCUCGUUCAGGUCCUACUACUACCCUCUCAAAAAUGUAUUGGAUGGUGAUCUAUGCGAACAGUACAAUGCCAUUGAUUCAGCCAAACAAAAGAGUAUUGCCGGUGAUCUUGACCGAACGCCCAAUGAGGUAUCCAAGAAACUAGAAGACAUUCGCACCAGCUAUGCUUUCUAAUUGUUCUCAUUCUACAACUAAUGUAUUUACUAGUAUGGUGAGAUUCAUUUUAUAUUGCCAGCUUUCCUAACAUCAAUGGUUGCAUUCAGGGAUACACUGCCCCACUGACACAGGUGACCCGAGCUAGACGACCCGCGUUCCAUGGGAGCUUU